AUGGCGGAUGAAGGAUUGAAAGUGCAAAUGAGUAUUCGCCAAAAUGCUGAAGAAUUGCAAGACAUGCUGAAGGAGUUGAACAGUUGGCAGAAUGAAAUGAAAAUCAAAGAUGAAGAUCUUCGAAAUUCAAAGACAAUAACGAAAAAGGUUUGUGUAGGAAGCUUCGGUUAGAAAAUCUCUUUUAAUGCAGACUUAAAUACACUAUUAUCGUUGUAUCAGAAUGGCUACCAACAUCUUCGUAACGAAGGAUUAGAAACUCUACAUCCCUAAAACCAUAGAAAUAUGCAUACAUUUUUUUAUAUAAUUAAUAUUCAACGCUCUACAACCUGCAUGUCACAUCCCUGCCUCUCCUCAUAAGAUGACUUCAACUCGCUCUUUCAUUUGUUUACCUAAGUAACCCUUGCUCUAUAUGGUAUAAAGCUUCUCACAAGUGCCUCCAUCCUGAAUUUUUGUCGUUGUUGUUUUUGUCGUUGUUGUUUUUGUUGUCGUUAUUUUAAUCAGGUAGUCAGAGUCAAAAUAAAACCGUGUACAGUGCAUAUCAACCUCAAAAACUGUACUCCCAAGAUCUGACUGUUAAGUCUCCCCUCUCUCUUCUACACAUUUACUUGUAACUUAGUUACAAGAAUUUGGUAUUAGAUCGAGAUAAAAACUUACAUGUGAUAAGUUUGAGCAUUCUCACUACCUGUUUGCUGGAUAAUGUAUGAAUAUUAUAGGGAGAAGUUACUUGUUAAUCACUUCUGGGAGUUGAUGGUUGAACAAUUUUACCUAACAUGACCACAUAGUUGGUUGUGAAGUGUGAUCAUCUUUGGAGGAACAUUGACAGUGAGAGAUGUUUUGACAACCCGAGAGGAUGUUACAAAUCCGUGUUUGCCCUUAACUUUAAGAAUAUAGUGAUGAUCAAUUAUUCAUACCAUUUACUUUGCACAAUAAUUUGGAAUCCAUGCACAGUGUAUGCAAACAUAUGGGUUUCUAUUUACCAUUAAUUUUUACACUGUGUGCUGCAGAACCUUCCUCCUGUAAGGAAUCAAGCCAAGCGAAAGAAGAAGAAAAAGAGAGAUUCUGACAGAGAAAAACCAGACGUUGGAACAAGAAUAAGCUCCUAUGACUACAGAUCAUGGGAUAAAUUUGAUGUUGUAAGUAUUAAUUUAAAAUUGUCAGCAGUUGGUUUUGGUAACAGUGUAUUACUUGCCAUUGAGUGUGUGUGCAAGAGUUCUUUUUGUUUUGGUUUCAUAAAUUAUGUGUCAAAUGACAAUUAUUAGUUGUCUUAACCCUUUAACUCCCAAAAGUGAUCAGCAUGUACUUUCUCCCAAUAAUAUCCAUAGAUUAUCUAGCAAACAGGUUAUGAGAAUACUUAAACUUAUCAGGUAGAAGUUGUGAUCUUACACCAUAUUCUCACAUCUAAGUUACAAGGAAAUGUGUAGGAGCUGGAAGGGAGAAUUAACGAUCAGAUCUUGGGAGUGAAAGGGUUAAGAUGAAUGUGAACAUGUAUUUAUUUUUUAUUUAAUGUACCCAAUUAAUAUUCAAUGGCUCCAUCAGGAUAAAGUGUUAAAAGACAUGGAUGAAGCAGAUGAAAUGAAGACAUUUUCCAGUUCUGAAGAAGAGAGUGAAGAGACUGAUGAAGAUCUGGAAAAUGAGCAAAGAUUGCAGAAGGCACUUCUUGAAAAGGACAAGGUAAGAUUUGAUUAUGUCUGCUAAUAACAUGGUCAUUUAAAGUGAAGCCAUAUAUACUCUUAAACCUUUAAUUCCUAAGAUCUGAUUGUUAAUUCUCCCCUCUAGCUGUCACAAAUUUCCUUGUGAAUUAGUUACGAGAAUUUGAUGUUAGAUGAGAAUAACAAAUUCUACCUGAUAGGUUUGAUUAUUCUCACCACCUGUUUGCUGGAUAAUGUAUGGAUAUUAUAGGGAGAAGUUUCAUGUUAAUCACUUGUGGGAGUCAAAGGGUUGAAGGAAAGUAAACUGAGCCACUGAGUCCUUGUAUUAGAGAAUACCAAAAUGCCUGGUAAAUCAAAAAUGACAAUGUCAAAGAUUUCUGAAUUGUCAAGCCAUAUGUAUUUAAUCACAUGGAUACUCAGUAUGUAGAUUGGAACAUUUGGAUGACUUUUUGUCAGUUUGGUGAUGAGGUCAACAGGCUAUGUAUCAAGGAAAGGAAGUUAAAACGUUUGAUACUUUUGUGCCUUGGAUAUUAUCCUUUGUGUUACCAGUAGUGUUAGUUGUCUCAUCUUGAUUACAAUAUUAAGAAAAUCUUUAUUCUUGAUACCUUUUGGAAGGUUUCCCCACCAGAAAUUACAAAUAAAAAAACUAAAAGAAAAUAAUAAAAAUGGAUACAUACAAUGGUUAUAUGAUUUAGAAUCUAGAAGGAGAAACAAAAAUUAGAAACCUAAGUUUUGAAUAAUAAAAUAAUUAUCUUGUGGCCCUUGUUAUACCCUCUACGAGAAUUGAAUUGUUUCAACUGAAUGUGUUGUUUUGUAUUCACAGUCAUUUCCCCUCCCAAUAGCAUACUAACUUACCUAAGGAUUAACAGGUAGAAUCAUAUCAAACUUUAUUUCUUGAUUUUACUGAACUUUUAGUUUACAUGCGCAUCUACAGGGAAAUGCACUUUUUAAGGAGGGUAAAUAUGAAGCAGCCAUUAACUGCUACACAACUGGAAUUCAGUUUGACCCAGCAAAUGCUGUACUCCCAGCCAACCGGGCAAUGUGUCUUCUAAAAUUAAAAAGGUUGGUCUUUUCUCUCAAAAGACAACUUCUUUUAAAGUGAUAUGAACAGAUGAACUGUAAGGUCACUGUACAUAAGGCAGUGACUAGAGAAAUUAUGAUGAUAAUGAUAAUUAUAUCAAUGACACCAGAACUGGUAAUGAUGAAUUUACCUUGACAUUGACUGAGACAGUGACAGUGAUAAUCAUGAUGAUGAUAAUGAUGGUCAUAAUGUUGAAAAUCAGAUUUAAGAAUUAAAAGUAAACAGGCAAAAACCAAAAAUAUUUUUAAAACCCCACCCAUAUCCUUGAGAGCAUACAUUUACAAAUGGUGUUCUUCUUAUCAAACUCUGAAUCUUAUUUAUUAUAAUUUAUUUACAGAUAUGGGGCUGCCGAGGCAGACUGUAGCCAAGCCUUGUCCCUGGAUGCUUCAUACACUAAGGCUUAUCUGAGAAGAGGAGCAGCACACUUUCAGCUUGGAAGGGUGAAAGAAGCCGAGGCUGACUAUAAAGAUGUACUGAGACUGGAGCCAAGCAACAAGCAGGCUCAAGAGGAAUUGAAAAACAUAGCUAAGGUAAUGUGCUCUUGGUAAUAUAAUUUUCAGAUUCCCUGAUAUGCAUAGGAUGGCAUACACGGGGUUUCGUAAGGGUCCUGGAAAACCUGGAGAGUCCUGAAUUUUUAUUUUGGAAAGUCCUGGAAAAAGACUACAGGUCCCAGUCAGGUCUGGAAAUCAGCUGUAAGAGAUCCUCACAGCUACAUGGCAGAUAAAUGGCCUGAAGUUUUUUCAGGUCCUAUUUUCAACUACUCAUUUCAGUAGUGUUCUUAGCAGCGAGGAUCUCUUAAUUUCAUCUCUUCACUGCAGUGCAAAUAUAUGAAUUUCAUAUAUCUAAAAUCAUCAAUCAAGCACUUAAGUUUUCAGAAUUUUUUAUAUAAGAAAUGUAUGUAGACUGUAAGGAGAAUGAGUUUGAAAUAUUGGAAAUGAAAGGGUUUAAGGUGAAAUUUUGUAGUCAUGGAAAAAAUCAAUUUGGGUCCUGAAAAAGUCCUGAAAAGCCGUUGAAAUUUGUUUCUGAAAAAGGGUAGGAACCCUACAUACAUGUAGGUAGCAACUGUGUUAUUUUAUCCCAACUGCAUGUACCAAUUGUACCACAGUACUUUUUUUUCAAAAUCUUUAUUUACUUUAAGGUUUUUUUUUAAUUCAGCUGUUGAAUGAAAAGAGAAAGCAAACAAAAGUUGAAGAAAAGUCACCAAAAAAUGAGGAGGAUAAAAAGUUGCCCACAAAAUCCAAGGUGAGAAAGAACCUAAGAAAAGCUCAGAAAACCUUGACCUCUUCAAUAUGAUUUUGUCAAGUCAAUUGUAUAAUGACUGAUUACAUUAAAGAUCAGCAUGCAAUGAAACUUCAAUACCAUAUACAAAUUGAUGUAAUGGAGGAGAUAGCUGUAAGUUGUUGUUAAGUAAGCAGUUUUCAGACUCUUGCAGUAAAACGAGUGAGCUAUGGAGUUUAAUGUUCUUUUUCUCAGUCUCCAAGAACUUGUCCUUUAUAUCAUCAAUUAUUAGUGCCAGGCAACCUUAUUAUUUCUUAUAUAGAAAUGCUCAAUAGAACGUUUGUGGGAACUGAGUAGGUUACCUUGCCUUCUAAAGUUAUGAAAACUAGAAACUUCCUAGAAACGUCUUUGACUGGAAGAAGGUCACGACUCUUUUUUCCUCUGCUGACAAGGGGCACUUUUUCAAUGUAUUGGUAUAUCAGACAGGGAUAAAAUUCCUAGUUAACCCUUUUCACCCUAACAUCAGUUUGCAUAUUCUCUAUACUGUUCUGUAUACAUUUCCUAAGGUGCUGACAAGGAGAAUUUGUUUGACAAUUAUGAGAUCCUUUACUUGAUGAUCAUUUGCUUUAUUCCCGUGGCCUUAAUAUGUGAAUCAGAGGUGAUGUUAUAAGGAGAAAUUAGAUGCUUGUCACUCUUAGGGGUUAAAAGGUUAAAAGAGUCGGGUUUUCGCGAGUUUAGGAUUGAAAAAGGAUAAGAAAAAAAUCUGUCAGUUCCACAGGCACUGGCAGUACUGUCUUGUUAAGGAAUCGUAUCAGAGAAUCACUGCAGUUUCGAAAUAGCUCAUCUCCUAUCAUACAACAAGUGUCUGUUUUCUCCUCAGAAACCCCUUAAAAGGAUUGUCAUCGAAGAGAUUGGAACAGAAAGUGACAGUGACCAUGAAGAGAGUACGGCCAAAGUUUCAACCAGAGCUCAAAUAACAGCCUCUUUGCCGACUGCCGAGACAAGGAACAAUUCUAAUUCAGCUGGGCCUGUACAUGACUCUGUUCAAGCUAACGUUUUAAAAGUAGAAUUAAAAGACAAUUCCAGUAAAAAUUCUCCUUUGUCAUCAUCAUCAUCAUCGCCAUUAUCCACUCAGCCUCCGUCUACUGCGUCCACUGCUCGCGCACAAUCUUCCCCGAGGGCAUUUGCAGUACCAAAGUCUUCUGCACAAUUUCAAGCAGAUUGGAGAGCACUGCAUAAAGAACCUGAUAAACUAUUUCAGUAUUUCAGGGUGAGACUAUUAAGUAAACAUAAUUACAGCUCGUAUUAGCUAUUGUCAAUUGAAUGUUAUAUUGCUAUGUGAUUGUUGCUCACAAAAAUGAACGACACUGGAUGAAUAGCACAAAAAUGGUACGACAAGUGUAGCCAAUAGCUCUAAAUUGCGCUAAAUAAACGUGUGAGGACUCUGUUGAACAGCUGAGAGCCGGAAGAAUACGUUUUACAACCCUACAUCAUACGCUUCAAGAGUGUGCGGCUAUCUAGAUUGAAGAGAAAAGAAGCGUCCCAUUAUUAAGGGUGAUAUUUGUGGUAUAUAUUCUGUCAGCCUCCUUGGCCUUCCCUUUGCUUGUUUUUGUUGCUUUUGUUGUGUGUGUUCGUUUAUUAUGUUUCCUUUGCACACUCCAACUACAGCACACGAUUAACAGUGAAUGCACUUGCAUUUCUGAUUUGAUAACUCUUUUGAAAAAAACUGACAGCUAAGAUGGAACGAAUCUAAGUAAGCUUUUUUUUUUUUCUUUCAGAAAAUCAACCCAGAAUCUUACCCAAAGUUGUUCCAACAGUCUCUAGAGUCAGACAUGCUGGUUAAGAUAACGAACCUCUUACGCGAUUUCUAUCUCUCGUAAGUUGAGUUUUUGAUCAGUUGAUGCGAACUCUUAUGUACAAGUAAAGUUGGGAAGGGGUUUUACGUAAGGUUAUACCACUACGAUCGUGCGCAGGUUUCCAAUUUAUGAUUACAAGAGUCUUGUGGCAUUCACAGUACCGCCCACGUGCGCUAUUGCACUUCACGCGUUUCAAGCGCCUACAAUUCUGGCGUAUUGCACGCAUGCAAAGUGAAAUUUACAAAGAACUCCACGCAAUUGCGUUCAUAAAAAAAAUACGCGCAAUUUAGAAUCAGUAAAAAGGCAUGUAUUGUGCACACGUGUAUCGGAUGAAUUGUGUUUUUCUUAGAUGUUCUUCUUGAUUGUUCAAAGUUGAUUUGAUGAUAAGCGCUUGAAGACGAUUUGGAUCUAUUUUUUCCAUUAAUGCUAAACGUUCAACUUUUUUUAAUGUUACACUGUUCAUUUUUUUUAGAAAUGGCCUACCGGUGUUCAAAGAAUUGAAAUACCUUUCUGAAGUGAAAAGGUUCAGCAUGGCUGUGAUGUUUCUGUCGGACAAAGAUAAGACAGGUGAGUGAACCUAAGCGACCGCUCGUACUAGUUAAGCAACAUCAUGCUAUUUGCAUGGAGAGCUGCAUGAGGCUGUUUCUCAUAAAGGGAUAAACGGUAGCUCGAAAUCCAUUUUAAACAUAACUUGCUUGAACUUGGAAUAUCGGUGCUACUAAUUCGUAGAGCAAGAAUGCCUUGUCUUAUCUUUUAAACGUUGGGUCCUACAAGUACAAUUUCGCUUCGAGUGAUUCCAGAGAACCAAAAAGGGGCUCCUUCUUGGUGUAGAAGGCACAAGAAAUGUCACAAUAGAACACCGCCUCAUUAACCUAUUGUUGUCAUUGUUUUACUCGUUCUUUUGCCAUUUUGUUCCCUAUUGUUUUACGUCAACUGUGUCUUCUACACCGAGUAAGAGCCCAAAAUGGUGUUGUUUUUUUUCGAUGUUCAAAGCAUAAGAUGCUUUGAAGUUGUAGAUCGAUGGAAGCUUUCCUGGCGCCAACAGCAUCACCACUCGGCGAUAUUGCGAGUGCCUUGGACACAAAAUAAGCUUUUAUGAGACCCAUUUGGGGAAAAGAAAAGUCCCUUCGGGGAAUAAAUGAGCCCCAUUUGGGGAGAGAAAAGCCCAUUACGGAAUUAUUGAGCCUUUUGGGGAUUAUAAAGCCCACUGAGGGAAAUAUGCCCUGUUUAACCCGCUGUUUGGGAAAUGAAAUCGCCCCUAAAGUGAAAAUACCUUUCACUGGCCAGACAUUUGCGAAAGCUAUUGCAAUUUUUAACCUACAAGGGAAGUGUAGAAGUACAAUUCAUGAUAUUUGUUAUCUAAGGAUAGUUUCUAACAGAUCUUUAAAAACAGAUGUAAGAUUUGUUGUGGGAGCUUCCAUUGUUGAUGUACCGCCAUCGAAAGAAUUCCACAAACAUUCCCCUCGGAAAAAUUCCAAGUUCGUUAAACAAGUAAAACGACAUAGAGACCGAGAGCCAUCUAGAAUACCUGUGAAAAAGGUCCUAAAUUAUAUGAAAAAGAGAAAAGCUAGAAGCAAGCUUAAGUUUAUUUUUAAGAAAUGUACCCCUAAAUCUUCAAGAUUGUAUGACUUGGUUACUCACUAUAAAUUGUGGUAUAUACGGUAUUUACAAAAAUAUAACGCUUUUAUUACUUCCUUAGUCAAUUUUAAAAGACUGGCAACAAAAAAGUCAAAAAAAAGAAAGCAAACUAGUAGCUGUUGUUCAGGUAAAAUUAAAAAAUCAACUUGCCCGGCUAAAACAUAUUGCGUAUCAAGGAUGAAUCUUUUGAGAUCAGGUGACGUUGAAUUAAAUCCAGGUCCCGAACAGAAUGUGAACAAUCAGACCAAUUUGUCAGUGGAUUCCUCAACAUUGCUUAACUUUCGAUUAGGACAGUUAGGAUUGAUAGCUUUAGAUGUGGGUGGUGCAGGUGACUGCUUUUUAAAGCCGUAUCACAUCAACCUAUUGUUGUCAUUGUUUUACUCGUUCUUUUGCCGUUUUGUUCCCUAUUGUUUUACGUCAACUGUGUCUUCUACACCGAGUAAGAGCCCAAAAUGGUGUUGUUUUUUUUCGAUGUUCAAAGCUAUCUUCAAAACAUCGACAUAGGCUAUUACUGAUUAACUUCUAUAUUCUGUAGUUUUUCUUCUUGAAACACAAUGGACACAAACUACACUACCAGUGAGCUUGAAAAUUGACGAAGAAAGUUGACAUGCCAAAAACACAAUUUUUCUGACUGGUUUUACCGAGUAGAAUACCAGCAGCGGCUCACCCCACAUACACAUGCUUAUAUGGCUUGAAGAUGCACCAGUAUUUGAUCAACGACGAUGCUGCCGUUAAUUGAUAAAAUAAUUAGUUGUCAGUGCAGUUGAUAAUACAGAAUUACAUAAACCAGUGAACAGGCAAAUUCACAGGCAUUGUCACAAAAAAGUCAAAGAAUGAAUGUCGAUUUAACUAUCCACAACCUCCCCAUGAGAGCAACUGAAAUUUCUUACCCUUUAGAAGCAGACAUGCCACAAAAUAAAAUAAAACAGCACAAAGACACUUGGAAAAUAAUCAUCCAGUUAUCUGGAUAUCCAGUUUGUACUUGAUGUGCAUGUGCAUUAAAAGAACAUAAAAAAGCAUGUGCUGAAGCCAAAAAGGAAAUUCUAGCAUAAAACAAGUCCGAGACAUUGGAAACAAAUUUUAAACAUCGACAUAUGCACAAGAAGCUGUUUACAAUGUUUUACAGCUUCCAAUGAAGAAGUCUCUCGUCAAGUAAUAUUCAUAAAUACCACUCUCCUAAUGAAAGAGUUCAGCUUUUAAAAUCAAUAAAUGACAUUGAAGAAAUGGAUGAUGAUUGUGAAGAUGUAAUACCAAUGGUCUUUUGCAAAGAUAUGCAAAAACGCCCUUUAAGCCUUGAAUACUUAACAUUGGCAGAUUGGGCUGCAUGGUAUGACUCAUGUGGAAAACCAUAUGCAAAAAAUCAUUCGAAAGAGAUUCUGAUAACCUUCCAUUAGAAACAGCUGAUGAUGAACAAAAUGACGCAUGACCUUUUUGAGGAUAAUCUCAUCAAUCCCAAAAGUAACAAAAAAGACGUAGCGCUAGAAUUAUAAGUGAAGUGCUUGACGGUAGCGUGAAGAACUAGUCUGUGCGGAAGCCCAGCCUCCCAGACAUACCUGAUGUAUGAAGCUUAUGAUCAGACUACACAAUCAAACCUCACUCCUGGGUUAAAACCAUUUAUUGUGUCAAAUUCAUACUUGAUACGUAGAUAAAGACGCUGUGAAAAUAAACAAAAGAGAAAGAAAAGAACAAAAAAACAUAAACGAAUGUUCCUUGGACGACGCUUGAACCUCGUUCAUUUUUGAUCGUGUAUCAUGUGAAGAAGAAACGAAAACGACCGUGAAUGAAACGACACGUUUGAAAAGGAAUCCCCAACGAUGACACAAUUUUUUCUGUCAGUUGCCCAAGUUUUUUCCGUCCACAAGCCUAUUUGUUUUAGCCAUACCCAAUCCUGCACGACAAAAGGACAUUUUUUUUCUAUCCAGAACACAGACGUGUUGCUUGUUUAAGUGUUCUCUAACGAAAAAUUUGUGGAGAACUUGGAUCACAAGUUGCGAUAAAUUCGAAAACUAGCUCAAAGCCGAAGGUCAGUAAAGAAUUGACUUUUUUUAGUAAAUGUUUGCUUAAAAAUAUAUUAUUUUGUAAUAUCGGUCUUGUGGACUCGCAUGUUCAGUCGUGUAAAUUUGGAUUUUCUAACAUGCAAUUCUUGCGCAAUAAAGUUUGUUUUUAGACGAGCCUUUUUUGCUGGCCAGCUGUUAGGUUUUGUUAAUGGAGGGUGACAUUGCAAACUCGUUAAUUGCUUGGUUACAAUUUUUUGGGGCGGUCGGUGACGUAUGUCAAUCUAUGGUCAGAGCUACGUCCCAACUCUUUCUCUUCCGGAAGUGACCAAUAAGGAAAUUCUUUUCAACAUAUCCAUAUAAUUUCAAGCAGAGUAGUAAAAGGAAAGAAAAAUAUCGGCUAAAAGGAUACAGUUGGAUUCAACACCGAAUUAUCAGGGCUAGAUGUACGGGAAAUUAAUGUUUCACAAUUGAUAAAGAGAUUAAAUUGAGUUAUUGGCAGUGAAAGAGUUAAACCUGACAACACAGGAGACAUGUCAAGGACAUUGUUAAGACUUAAAUUACGUUUUCUCUUGUACUAUCAACAGUACGCUUACCUACACUGUACGUGUUAUUUACAGAGUCAACAUUACAUUGAUUCAUACAAUGAUAAGACUCCUUAUACCUCACUGAACAUUAUCGAUAUUAAAUAAAACCGUACCGCAGUAUUUAAAAUGAAAAUUAAGUAGCAGAAUUCUUAGUUUAUGGAAAAUUCUGCUCUUCCUUCUUGUACUUGACAAAUUAUCUAUUGCAGAAGAUUGAUCUUGAAGUUUUUAAUUAUUUUACUUAACUUGACAAUACUUCACUUGGGGACUUGCCGAGAAUGAUGAUUUGACAUGAAGAGAUAUUCUAAUCCAGUCACUCCAUUUUCUUAGUCAAGUAUUUUUCAAGUGUUCUUUGCAAUUAUAUGUUUCCCAUGACAACUGUGUGUCACUUGUGAAGCGACACGGGCAAAGAGAAUGUGCAGUUUAUCCCCCUGACGUUUGUGACAAAAUAUUAAAGGGAUUGCAUCUUAAUCUAACCGUCUCCUUUUAAAAGUAAUUGGGAGGAAAAAAAAUAUUCGAAAUAAUCAUUAGUUGAGGUUAUUUCAUGCGUUGUGUAUGUGUUCUAUUGCAGUUAUCUGCGACCUUUUACAAAGCAUAAAACAAAACAAGGAGGACUGGAAAUUGACGGAUGAUUAUGUCAAUAAUUUGGCUACGAAAUAUGGAGUGUCUUGAACAUUUUCCUUGGAAAUUUGACAUGCCACGACAAUAUUUACCGAUGAAUGUCACGUGUGUUUCCUUUAGCGUAAGCUGAGCAGGCCCAGAGAAAGAGAAAUAUCGAGUCACUUGUGAAUCUUGUUUGGCUAUAUUUACUUUCAAGUUUAUGAUGCCGGCGUUAUGGGGCUAAAUACGAACAGCUUUAAAACCCGUUUGAAAGCUGGUUUGUCAAACACGGUUUGGAAUUCUCUUCUUCAUUUAAGUUGCUUCAACUAAUGUUUUUCGACUUCAGAUUUAGCUCAGCGGAAAUAAAAAUUAAUCAAUCCUGGAAUCUC